AGUUAUCCCGGAGCUUUAAUGAGAAACAUGUGAUCAAUAUAUCCAUUUGGUAUUUCUUGGUAAUUUUUUCUAUUUUCCCUUUUUUUCUUCUUCUUCUUUUAUUAAACAUUUCCCUUUUUCAUAAUCCCCAAUAAUGUCUGUUAAUAUUGAACCUGCUGAGCAGUUAGAAUUCCAUGGUCCCUUUACGCGUGUCUCCAAGGAGUCACUUCAUGUAAAGAAUCCCGGAACUGAACCCAUAAUCUUUAAAGUAAAGACAACCGCACCCAAACAAUACUGUGUUCGACCUAACGCUGGACGUAUUGAACCAAACUCUGAAAUUGAAGUUCAAAUUAUUUUGCAACCUUUUAAAGAAGACCUUCCUCAAGACUACAAGUGUAAAGACAAGUUCCUUGUUCAAACGGCUCCUAUUCAUCAAUCAUUCGAACAACAAGAUGUCACCAGCAUGUGGGGUCAUGUUGAAAGCCUUGAGAAGGAGACAAUGCGUCAGCACAAGAUCAAGUGUGUAUUUGUUGUACCAAACAAGGAGGAGGAAAAUAUUGUAUCUCCUAUUCCUGAACCGGUUACAACAACCGAUAUUGCAUCAUCACCCUUAAAUACAUCAUCCAUUGACACAACACCCGUACCUGUCCCAGCACCAGCAGCACCAGCAGUACCAGCAGUAUCUGUACCUUCUCCAGUCACUACAACCGCUCCACCCACAGCUCCCGUUCCUGCUCCCGUUGCUGCUCCAGUCACUGUAGCGGCUCCUAUUGCUGCUCCUGUACAAGAAACACCUGUAACAGCAACCGCAACAGCUCCUACAAUCGUCACACCUGAAACAAAGCAUGUCCCUACUAUCCGUAGUGUAGCUCCUACUGUCAGUCAAACUACUGUCAGCAAAGAUCCCGUCCUUGUUCCAACCCCUAAUAAUAAGACUGUUUCAGAGCCAACAAAGAACACAAACGCUGAAGUUGAAUUGAGGGCAGCUUUGGAAAAGAUUGCAAUUUUGGAACAACAGUUGGCUGAGGCACAAAAGGAAAGUGUGCGUGCUCGCACCAAUGGUCGUAAAUUAGCAGCUACAGUACAACCUUUGGAUGCUGUGCACCAACAUUUAGCCGCACUUGAGAAGCCUAGUCCCGUGGAGGGUUAUCCACCUCAAGUGGUGAUGGCUGUUGCUGCAUUAGUCUUUAUCUUUACCUAUAUUUUCUUUUAAAUAAAUAAGAUUUGUUUAUUAUUAUUAUUA